AUGCCGGAGGGGGCGGCGGCACGAAAACCUCUCGACGGCGUCGCGGUGGAAGGGAUGGCAGCGGAACACUGGGGGUUGAUUCUGGUGGUGGACGUCGAUGGGUGUAGAGGGGCAAAUCGAACAGGACUCCUACUGUCGGAGCUAGGAAGCGGCGUCGGCGACUGGAUACUGCUGCUGCUGCUACUGCGCGGAGGCGACUCGAGACUGCUGCUGCGCGGCUGCGCAGUGCCAGAUCCUGUACCAGAUGAUUGUACGGAUUCAAGGUGGAAGUGGUUUAAGGGAUGCCUAGGAGCGUUAGAUGACACUUACAUUAACGUCACGGUGCCCCUUCUCGACAAGCCAAGGUAUAGGACAAGAAAAGGACACAUUUGCACAAAUGCUUUGGCCGUGUGUGAUCGUAAUUUGAGGUUUGUUUAUGUGCUAUCUGGUUGGGAGGGAUCAGCUAGUGAUUCUAGAGUCUUACGUGAUGCAGUCAACAGGGUUAAUGGUUUGAAAGUGCCAAGAGGUAAUUAUUAUUUGUGUGACAAUGAAUACACAAAUAGUGAGGGUUUUCUAACGCCCUAUAAAGGUGUGAGGUAUCAUUUAAAGGAAUGGGGUCCUGAUAAUCGACGUCCUGAAAACGCUCGGGAAAUGUUUAACAUGCGGCACACUAAAGCACGUAACGUCAUUGAGCGAGCGUUUGGCAUAUUGAAGAUGCGGUGGGGAAUACUUAGGAGUGCUACGUACUAUCCGAUUAAGGUCCAAAAUAGGCUAAUAAUGGCUUGUUUUCUCCUACAUAAUUUUAUCCGGACUGAGAUGGAAGUGGAUCCCAUUGAACAAGUUUGGGACGAUAUUGCCCAUCAGAACGAUGAUGACGAACCUCAAGAUGUGGAGUUUGUUGAUGUUGUUGAAUCCUCAUCCGAGUGGAAUAGAUGGAGAGAUGAUUUAGCUACUUCAAUGUGGCACAAUUAA